AUGGGUUGCCAUUCAAACCGAUGACCAGCUCCACACACGUUUUUCGGCUUUGCGCAAACAUUUCGUGAGCAAUUUCAAUUGAAAAGCGUGUUUUUAAAGUACGCGGCACAUGAAACUUGUCCAUUUUAUAAUUGCGAAUCGUGACAGGCGGUAGCCACAAAUUGCCGGAGUUUCCAAAAGGGAUGGCAACACUGCCGCACGCCGGCCAUGUUAUUGUGAUUUGUAAAAGGUGGAACGUAGACACGUGUUUAAUUCGUGCAGCUCUCUAACGUUGAUAAUUCGCCAGCAAAUAAUCCAAAAAACUAAGAAAAACACGCGAGUGCAACAUAUAUUAUAAAAAACAUCCACAUAGUGAGCAAAAUAAGUUACCCAAGCGGUUGUAAGAGAUCCUUCAAUAUUCAGCGAAAAUGGUAUCCGGUCGUCCUCUACUCUACCUCUCACUGCCCGGUGUAGCAUUUAUACUCGGCGUUUUUUGGUUUCGGCGUAGAAAUAAAAAUCGUUUAGACAAGCCCGAUGAUGAUGACACAUCGACCAUUAAGGACUCGUCGAUUGAACCAAAUGUGCAGGCGCGCAAGGCCAAUGGUGUCCUGCAGAAUGGUAAAUUGCCACAGCAAGCGGCCAGUAAGUCGAUGAACAUCAAUGGUACAGUGGCCAAUGGAAAUGGAAGUGGCAGCAAUAGCGGCAGUUGCAGUGACGAGAAGGAUAGUCCCACUACCAUGUUAUAUGGUAAAUCCGCGCCCAUUAAAAUUCAAAGCAAUGGGCGCUCAACAAAUGGCAAGCAUCAGCAGCAGAUUGAUUCCGAAAUGCUUAAGUCAAAAAUUCAAGAUGCCGAGCAUAAGAAACUCUGCUCCAUAGAUGAAGAUUUCGAAAAUCUAUCAUCGCCACGUGAUCUACCAGAUUCGGUAACUACACGUGUGUCCUUUUACAAUCGUAAAACCAGCCAAAAGACGGUGGAACCGGUGGUGAUUAAGGCCACACGUACACCCAAGAUAUCGCCAGAGAACUCGUUCUUGGACACCAACUACACUACCAAGGAAUGCGAGCAGAACAAUAACUGUGAGCCCAAGGAGAAUGAAAAAGAGAAGGUUGCCAAUAAGGAGCCUUCCGUUAGAGAGUCCAAUGAGGAGCAGGAUCCAGAGCAGACGGUGCUGAAGGAGAAUGUGGUGGAUAAUAAUGGCAACCAGAAGCGCAAUGUGGAUGCAGCCAGUCCAUCGCUUAGCAUUUGCAGUGUUCAAUCGGGCGAUUCCGGCAAAGGAUCCAGCUUGCCACGCUCGGAGGCUACACGCGUAAAGUCCAGCUAUGAGUUCCUUUUUCCCAUCAGUCUUAUUUGUCACUUGUACGGACGCAAAAGGGCUUUUAUUAACCAAAUCAAAGCUAAAACUCUGGCCAGCGUUACUCUAAGCAAGAAUCCCUAUUUGGGCAAGGUGCGCAUUUGUACCAUUGAGGGAACAGAGAGCGAAAUUGAUGCUGCACUGGCCAUGAUCCGUCAACGUUUGCCGGCCAAGCGGUAUCCCAACUUUACCAUGCAACGCAUCCACUUUGCGCUUCCCCAGACCAUAGUUCCUCUUUCGACCGAAAGCAUCUACAAUCUACAACUGAAACUGAUUGAGGGCAUCAACAACGAUGUGGUCGUGAGUGCGGUGCUAUCUGGGUCGCAUCUGUUCAUCCAGCACCCAUUGCAUCCCUCGCAUCCAUCGCUGCCCAUGCUGCAGAAGCAGCUGUACGAUAGCUACUCCACCAUGGAGGCUCCCCUGCUGCCCAGCAUGGAGAUCAGUGCCGUGUGCGUGAUACCAAUCAAUGGUGUCUGGUAUCGUGUCCAGAUCGUUGACACGGAUCCCGAUGAUGAAGAACGUUGCUUGGUCAAGUUCCUUGACUUUGGUGGCUUCAUGAAUGUCGGUUUUAGCACACUGCGUCAGAUUCGCACCGAUUUCAUGAGUGUGCCCUUCCAGGCCACUGAAUGCAUCCUGUCCAACAUUGAGCCCAUCGAUGAGACUUGGUCCAUCGAAGCGGCCGAAAUCCUCAACCAACUUACCAAAGGCAUUGUCUUGCAAGCACAAGUCGCCGGCUACAAUAGUCACAACAUACCAGAAAUCUAUUUAUUCGCUUCUCUAGGUCCCAAUAAUAUAAUCUUUAUCAAUAAGGAACUGGUCGCCAGAAACCUCGCAAAAUGGGUUGAGAUGCGUGACUAACAACAGCCUUUGUGAACAACUCAACUAGUAACCAAGAACUAAAUGAAAACUAAAAGCAAACUUAAACAACAAUCACUCAAACCCAAAAUCAAGCAACUUGGCAGUGCAACAAAGGAAUGCUUGAGUCUUGUGCAACAGGCCAGGCUCUCCAACAAAGAGGCGGCGAAUUCGUGACACGGAUUGUGGAUCCAGCUUUUUGCCGUUAGCAUGUAGCACAUAUAGCAUAUAGCAGCAAAUGGCAGAUUCCAAAACAGAACUGCCAAAUGCAGAGGCCCCAAAACAAAAAAACAACAACAACAACAACAAGUUCGUUAAGUUGUAGAAUGCGACUGAGUCUAGAGAAAGAGCCCCUUAAUCAUUACAUAACAUACAACAAAAAGAACAACAACACAGACACACACACAUAAACACACACACACACGCAUAUAUGAGUAAGAGCAUCGCACCACCUAACACCUCACUAACCCAAAAGAAAAAAAAACAAAUAUGCAAACACACACACACACACACGCAUUACACAACAAGGCAAACGUUUGUUUGUUGACUGCCCAGGAUUGGAUACCAAAAUGGGGGUAAGAGAUCAGCUAGGUUAUGAUUUGUGACCACCACAUGGCACCAAAUGGGCGGGCGGGCAUCCUGCGGAUCGGCUAGAACCGUCGGAUUUGAGAACAACGAACCGCUUAAGAUAUUACCAUACUCAGUUUAUAAGUAGGCAUUACUACCUAGUGUAAAUAGUUUUUAUAAAUUUAACAAAAAUGCAAAAAAACAAAAAUACACUAAAUAAACUUAACUAAAAUA